AUGUCCGAUUUUCAUCAUAAAUUUGAAGAAUUUCAAGAGAAAUAUACAGAAGAACGCGGAACAAUUGUUGCUAUUAAUUCCGUCAAUUUGAAAUCUCAAACUGACCUCAGAGAUCAAUACACAAAAUUAAUUUUAGCACAAUAUCUUCUUAACAGGAUUAACCUAUUAUCUAUUCUUAAAGUAGAACAGCCGAUGGAAGAUAUGGUUUUUCUUUUGAAAGAUCUUGUCCCUAUCUCAAUAGGAAAUACACUGAAACUUUUUUCAAAAACUGUUCACAAAGAUCGGUUUUCUUACUUAAUUCACAUGCUGAUUAAUAAUCCCGAAGUGUUUGCACAAAUUAUUUACUUUUUCCAAGUUUUAGACAUCAUUUCUCCAAAUGACAAAACAUUUUUCCUAUUUUCAACAUUUCCCGCCAUUUACUCUUCAUUCUCAACUCUCAAGUUGCAAGAUCUUGCAAUUUCGCUGAUCAACAAUUUAUUUUUGAUUCAUCGCACUCUUCAUGGCCGCAAUUUCUCCAUGAAGUUCAAAUUUUUGUCAGACAUAUGCUUCAGCUACUUCCUUUCAACAAAUCCUGGCCAAUUUUUCGGAGUUUUAUUAAAACCAAUAAUUCGCGAAUUUAAAGAAAUUAUUGCUAAAGAUCAGUAUGAAUACACUCUUAUUGAUGAAAGGCUCUCGAGAAGACCAUAUUGGACAAAUUGUCUAAUCUUUGCAAUAAAAUUGAUUUCUCGUAUGGUACAAUGUAUCAGUCUCUUACCAGACCCCGCAAUUACGUUCUUACAAAAGCUUUCUGGCGAUACAUUCUCAAACAUUUUCAUUUUUGAGAGUACAUUUUGCAAUUUUCUUGAAAAUCCCAUUUUUUGUACCGAAGCAUCGAUCCUUCAUGACGUCUGCCAGAUAAUACGUUGCUCGUACCCUCAGAAUCUCUUCCCAUCUCCCAUUUUCAAGGAUAUUACUGAUUCUUCCUUAUUAGAACAGGUAAAUCUUGAUAUUUUCUUCAACGCCGUGAAGCAAUUUGAAGUUUCUAAGAUAAACGACAGCCUUUCCAAUUCAAUUGACCAAUGCGACCCUUACUUUGUCGUUUCUCCAAGAGAUUUACAUGUAAUGUAUGCAAUGACGAAAACUUUCCUUGUCCACGUAGAAAACAAAGAUGAUGUGAAGUCAUUGAAUGACCAUUUCUUGACUCUUUCCGAUGUUACCACUCCAAAUGACCAUAAUAGCGUAUUAUUGAUCAAAAUUUGGUCAUCAGGCGAUGAAAGGAACGAAUUGAAGCUCAGACCAACAAAAAACUUCGAUGAUAUCAUUGAUGGCCUCGCUUUUCUUAACGCAAAAGAAAUUAAUUUUAAUUCCGGCAAAGAUUUGGCAGAACAAGCAUUACUUUACUCCCAGAAGUGCUUAAGUUUAAGUCAGAUAUCAAGAUUUACUACUUACGUCAAGUUUUUGGGUGAAAAUGAGUUGAAUAAUGCUUAUGAGUCUGUAAGAUCAAAUGUUUCGGAUCUCAGUGCACUGAGUGACUCACUGUUCUCUGCUAUAUACUUUGUUUCCACGGAAAGAAAGAAAAUCGAGGAAGAAACAAAGAAAUUUACAAAAAAUUUCGUUUUGAUGAAAUUCCUACCGUUAAUUGAGUCUCUACAUUAUGUAGAUUUCAAUUUCUCGGUCCAAGAUGUCUUUGAAGCCAAAGAAAUUAUUCCAAGAAUUUUCAAAGCGAUAGAACAACAUAUAACGCCGAUGAACUUCUCCCCGCAUAUCAAAAUGAAUAUUUCCAGGUCUCUUUUCGGCUCUUACUUCAAUUCUAUUGAUAGAUUACUGAAUUUCCAAGAAAAAGCUGUCAAAAACGUUGAUGCAACCUUCCAGAAGUUCAUUACAGAGAAUGGAAAGCUCUGUGAUGAGUUAUCUGUCACUCACAAGGCUCUUUUUGAUAGAAGUGUCAAAAUUUUCAAUGCAAUCAAGAAUACAAAUGAUCCCACAAUAAACAUGGACAUUGUUCUUGAUGGAAUGCAUCUUGUAAAGAACCUUCAACCAAAGAUUGUCGCUUUGGCCCUUGCAAAAACAAAUAAUCCAAAUAUCAUUGGAUUUCAUAAUUUCAUGAGAAGCUACAUGCUAGAAAACAAGAUGAUUAUGGAUGUUAUGUUUGAUAGUCAAGAAGCAAAGCAUAUACAGCUCUUCCACAACAGCGCUUUAUCAAUAAGACAAUAA